AUGACAGAUAGCAAUAGUCCAGUCAAGGACGAGACUUCCGUUUCACGUCCCGAAUCACCUAUACCAAGCCCUGCUUCUCAUGCCAAAGACCAUGAUGAGGAACCCAAAUCUCCUGUCGAAGAAGAACAAGUUCAAGAAACCUUCACCGAUGCCGUCGACGAAGGAGAAAGUCAAGACGGAACCGAGUUGUCGCAGGUGAUAUGUGCACUUCAGGGUUCCGUCGCUGCAAGUGAAGCAAAAAAUGAAACUAAACGCGAUAAGGAAACCGCCCCGGAAACCAGCGAACCUUCAACUGCGGCCAACGAUCAGGAGGAAACCAAUGAGGUGGCUGUCAUUGCAGUGGAACAAGACGAUGAAACCGCCGUCGAGCCUACACCUACACCUACACCUACAUCGGUUAAAGAACAACAGCAACAACCGGAGGAGAAAGAAGAAGAAAAAGACGGUCAAAAGACAAAGGAGUCACCGGCGGCGGUGGCAGAAACGGAGGUUCCGCUUUCGGCUACGAGUGAGCCUACAACGCCCAAACCGGAAUCUCGAAAGAUAGAGGGAUUAACUGUGAUGGUUGGAACCGAAGCGAUACGUAAAUCGAUUGAAGUGCCUGCUGGAAAGAAUAUGGCCGACUAUGUCACGCCACCCACACCAGGUUUGGCCCCACCUCGUGAGAAUAGUGAAGAACAUCAAGAUGCAACAGACGACAACGAAUAUUCCAAAUCCAGUUCCUUCACCAUGGCCAAUAUCGAUCUCAAAAAUGUUGGACCCAACACUCUGAAUCCUCGAGAUCAGGAAAAAGCAGAUGAGGAGAUGCUGCGGGGUAUGAAUUUAUUCUUCAAUAACAAAUUCUCCAAGGCGAAAGCCGUGUUUGAGACCCAUGCAAAAGAGGAUCCACUCUACGCUUUAGGUUUAGGCUCCAUGGCCUUCAUUAAAGCUAUCACAUCUUCCGACAGUGGCGACGCAGACAUCGCGAUAGCGUCACUCUUGGAAACCUAUCGAUUUGCUGGGGCACAGAUCGAUGCAGCAUCAGCAAAGAAGCCGCUCAAGGAUACCGUAUCGCAUUACAUUACUAAUUUGAUGGGCAAUAACCCUACCAACCUACCAACAAACACCAGUCCACUCAAUCAACAAGAACUGAACAAAUUGAACAGCUUCCUUCCCAACGGCGCUUUGCGUGCGCACGUCAUUAAAGCCGAGUGCAGUUUAUUGAUGGCAAUUAUUCACCUCAACAAAGAAACCGUCGCCGGCUAUCUCAAAUGUGGAUUAAACCUUCGUCGAGCCUACAACAGUUACAGUCUGGUAUGGCAAGAGUAUAAACGCAUGGGACAAGACUUCCAUACGCACUUGGAUCAGGACACUAUAUCAGCUAUUCAGUUUGGUAUUGGCUCGGUUCAUUUGUUGUUAUCUUCCUUACCACCCAAGAUCCUCAAAGUCGUGUCUGCGUUUGGCUGGAAUGCUGAUCGUCACCUCGGUUUUGCUUUGCUGAAACUAUGCUUGGAAGGCAAACGUAUCCGGUCGCCCCUGGCUUCGAUCACUCUCCUUUCUUACUAUGUCAUUUUGACAUCUUAUGCGCCUCAAAUCCUGACCCGUGAAUUAAUUCAACCUGCGAUUGAAUGUCUGCUUGAUGCUCAGCAAAGCUAUCCCAAUUCGGCCUUUUUCCUGUACUUUGCUGGUCGAGUAUCUCGUCUGGCCAAAAAUCUGUCGCUGUCAACCCAAUCAUUCAUGUAUACUUACGAAGUGAGCCAAGGCGAAUGGGCGGAAGGUACCAUGGGGCAGCUGGCUACGUACGAGAUUGCAUUCAACUGUGCCAUGGGACUCGAUUGGGCUAGUGCGGCUGUCAAAGUAUUGGAACUACAAGAUAAGCAGCACAGUUCGCCCGCAUUUUUGAAGUAUGUCUAUGGUGCGUGCAUGGAAAUGCUGGGAAACCGCACCGAAGCCAUUCUUGCAUUUGCGGAAGCCUCCCAAUUGAUCGAUAAAAAGAAGAAGACCGAGCUGGAGCAAUAUGUAGCUCAUCGCAUUGAAUUUUUCGAACAGAGCGGAUACCAAGAUUUAGGAUUCUCGCUUCCUGCGCUCGAGAUUCUGUUUAUGUGGAACAUGUUCCCGAACAUGACAGAGAAUGCAUUGGAGCGAUGCCUUGAACACAUCGACACGACCCUGGAAUCGAUCUAUGAACGGGAAAAACAGGAAUACGAAGUGCGCAUUUUCGAGUUGGCUCCCGGCACCCCGACACCAGACUAUUUCGAACAACGCGGAUGCUUGCUCCUCAUGAAAUCAUCGGUAUUGAACUCGCUUGGCCGAGAACGGGAAUCAAUUGUCCAUUUGAACUGGAUCAUCGAUCACCGAGAAUGCAUGAAAACAUCUAAAUGGAUUCUACCCUUCACUUACUGGGAAUCGGGUAUUACGUCCUGGAAAAUGGAGGAAUUCCAACGUGCUAGAGCCCUAUGGGAAACGGCACUGUCCUAUUCCAGCUAUGAUUUUGAAUAUCGAUUAGCUAUUCGACUGAAUCUUGCAAUUACUCAUGCUGUCGAGCUUGGCAUUCCUGGGCCCACUCCUCCAAAAGCCGAAAAGGGGCCGACCACCAAUGGACGUAAAAGAAUGUCGAUUGUGAGCAAGGUCAACGGCACGGUACAAACAUAA